AUGAAGGUAUAACUAAUUAGCCUUCUUCUGUUUUAUUUGGUUACUUGCAAAAACAUACCAUUAUAAUUAGAGAUUGGGUUAAUUCAAUUUGAAGGUCUUUAGCCUGGAAAACUAUAAUAUUAAGAAAUUUAAUUUGAUCAGCCAUUUAUCCGUGUCCCUUAGGUUGCUUUAACAAUUAAUAGUCUAAUGAAUCAUAAUUCUUAAGUGUACUUCAGCAAGAUUUACAAUGUGACCACUGAUGGAUUUACAAUGGGAGUUUUGAGUGGAACUGAAUAAUCCUUAGAAUAUCGUUACAUGGCUAUCGUUGAUGAUAGAGUCCAAGUGAAUUGUCUGAAUUUUAAAGUCAAAGAAAUUGUGUUCAUUCCUUAUCUAAAAUAGUUUGUCAAAGUACCUAAAUCAUGGGUUUUCUUAACUGGAGUCAGGUAAUAAAGCAACACCUUCUCAUUUUAAUAAGAUGUAAGAAAUGAGGGAAUUAUGCUUAAGUUCCAAUCCAUUGACACUGAAAUAUUGGGAGUCUGUGUUGUGGCUGGUGCAAUUGAUAUUCUAUAGUCUAAGAUUGAUGAUCUGCCAACAUUCUAAGGAUACAACCUUAUGAAACAGUAGACAGCUCUAUCGAUCAUAGCUUAAUCAAGUUUUAUCUGUGAAGAUGAAUGCUUAUUAUACUUUAGUAAUUCUUAUUAUAAGUUAGGGAAUGAUUAAACUAAACAAUUAAAAAUUAGUACUGAAUUUCAUAAUCAACAAGAAAAGCCAACAUUAUCAAAAUUCAUACCCUUUAAGAAAGAAAAUCCCAUUGUUACAUAGGAAAAGGUUGAGAAUCUUAUAGAAUAAACUAUUAAAAUAAAUAAUAUUGAAUAACCACACACUUCUCAUGAGGAGAGUUUAAAAAAGAUGAUAAAUUAAUAAAUUUAAAAUUUGGAAGAAUAAAUAAAUCAUCCUAAUGGAAUUAAUAGUUUUGAUUCGAAUCUUAAUGAAAUGCCAUAACAAGAACCUGUUGACAGCGAAAGCGAAUCUGAAGACGAAGAAGAUGGAAUUAGCAUGACUAGAAUUUCAAAACCAAUUAAUAUUGAAGAAGAAUUAUAGAAAUUGGAAAAGAUUUCAGAAGAUAGAACCAAAAAGAUAAACAUCAUAGAAUUCAAUCCUAAAGAAUCCAUUAAUGUUUCAUUUUUAUCUAGAAAUAAUAUUGAUAUGCAAGAAGAAAGCAAAGCUGAAAAACUGAUUGAAUUAAAAUAUAUUGAUAGAGCUCCUAAGUUUUCACCUAAGAUUUAGUAGAUGAUUGAAGAAGCAAAGAAGAAUAUCGAAGUUGAAUAGUCAACAACAGAUAAAGUAGAAUCUCCAAUAAAUAACAAACUAACAAUUAAAGAUUAAUUAAAAUUAAAGACAGAAAGUUUAAUUCAAUAGAUUGAGAAUACUUCGCAUAUUUCAAAAUUCGAUGAUGAUACGGACAGAAGUGCUCAUAAAUAAUAAUUUACAGUCAAUAAUAAAAUUGAACAAUAAACAUAAGAUAUACCUAAUCCAUCUAAAGAAGAGGAAUCAAGAAUACCUACUCCAAAUAAUGAGAAAAAACACUCUAAAUCACCUAUUCUAAAUGAAUAUGAUACAAUCUUUGCUUAAUUUGCUAACAACAAUAAUAUAAGAUCUGUAAAACCAUAAUAACAUUUUUCUAGUCCAUUGAUUGAAUCAGAAAUCAAAAUUGAACUCGUUUAAGAGGAAUAGCAGAUUGAACCUAAACAAGAAUUAAAAAUUCUUAAUCCAAGAGAAGAAAGACUUUAAAAAUAUUUGUAAAAAGCUGAUGAAGUUGAUCUCAACUUCUUAGAAAACAUUAAACUUGUUUCAGAGUAGAGUUAAUAACUGGAAGAUUAACCAAUAGAACAAGAAUAAAUAUAAGAAAAUUUUGAUUAAUCCAAUGUAUCAUAUACGGAAUAAUUAAAUAUGAGAAAAAAUUAAAUUCUUUAGGAACUUUAACAGAAAUACAAUAUAAAGGCUUCUCCGAUUUAGAGUUUUGAAGAAUUUAAAUUAAAAGUACCUUAAGAUCAGUACCCACAAAUAUUGUAUGAGAAAUAUCUUGAAUAAUUGAAAAAGCAACAAAUAGGAGCCAGCUUUAUUGAAACCGAUCACAAUGUAAGAUCGGUAGAAAACUCAUAUCAACUUGAAGCAGCCUAUUAUGAAUGGCAUUUAUAAAAAAAUAUAUGAGUUGAUAAAUUAUCCAAUCAAUUAUCAGUAUUUUUUAAUAAAAA